UCCAUCAACAACGCCAAUGUUCUCGCUCAGUAUCAGAAGUGCCGUCAAGAGACAACUGCUGGUGCGUCCAUUCUCAGCGGCCACACGCUUGUGCCAGGUGGCAAAGGCCACGGAGGGAGCAACAGGACAAGGACAGCAACAACUGUCAUGGGUUGACUUCUUCAAGCUUCGUCGUCAACAACGUCGUAUCAACAUCGCGUCGUCUGUUUUCACUGCGUUUAUUGGCUCCACCGUGUCAUGGUCGUUCCUGUCCAACGUGGAGAUCGACCCUACGCAGAUGAUCUUUGGUUUUGAUCCAUUUAUGAUCUUCUUUGCCGGAUUUAUGGGUGCCACUGGACUGGGUUAUAUGUUUGGACCGCUUGUUGGAUCGCUGGUGUUCCGUCUGGCCAACUCUUCAAAGAUUGGCCUCUACCAGCAGAAGAACAAACAGUUCUUGGAGAAGGUGUUUGCAAAGAGAGUGGACCCAAGCUCCCAGAGUUUCAGCAACCCGGUGCCGGACUACUACGGUGAAAAGAUCGACAACAUCAAGUCCUACAGACAAUGGUUGAGAGAUUGUAACGCCUACAGAAGAAAGGCCAAGGAGUUCUUGUGAUCUUGCUCCACUUCUUUCUUAUUUCUUUUGCAAGUGUUUAUAAAAUAAAACUGAAGGAAAUAAUCUACUGUAUAUAGGAAAUUGACGGCCCACACAAUAUUCACUUGAUCAAUGGCGUAGC